AUGAUCCAGAAUUCCAGCCAAACCAGGUGGGUAUAUGACCAUGACACGCCAAAUAUCCGAGUGCUUCUCACUACGGACCCCCUUUCUAUCCAAGAGGCGAUAGAUUUUGCCAAAACCCCGCUAGCGGGGGCGGUCGUGACGUUUAAUGGCAUCACUCGGGCGGAUCCCAACCCGUCCAACACAGCCGUGGUUAAAGCAUUGGUUUAUGAGGCACACAAAGCGUUAGCGCUGCGGUCGCUCUUCCAGGCAGCCGCUCAGACGUUUGCGAGAUUUAACCAGCUGGAGCACUGCAUUCACCGAAUUUUUGUAGUCCAUAGGCUUGGCGAAGUGGGAAUCAUGGAGGACAGCAUUUUGAUUGCGCUUAGUAGUUCCCACAGGCAGGAGGGCUGGGCUGCAGCGGAGUAUUUGCUCGAACUAAUCAAGGCAAAGACGGAGAUAUGGAAAAAUGAGGUGUAUGAAGACGGGCAUUCUGAGUGGAAGGCGAACCAGACUCAGAGGAAGGCUGUAUGA